AUGGAUCCGGAAGCUUCGUAUGGUGACGAGGGUCUCACAGCGUCUAUAUCUCUGAGGAGACGUUCAGCAUCUUUCUCCGACGAUUACUCGGUACAGCGCACUAAUGAUGAUGCUACCCAGUGCAAAUUUGCUGCUGUUCAGUUAGGAUAUUGGAAGGAUGAGUUCCUGCCCCGAUUUGCCUACAGCGGUGUACCAGAAUCUAGACGUGAUCCAGAAAUCUCUAUCGGCUACUGGGCUCGCGUCUCUGCUGUAAACCAUCUGGUGGAGCGUUUCAUUGAAAAAACCGAGGGACAAUGCCAGAUUAUCAGUCUGGGCUGUGGUUUCGACACGCUUUUCUGGCGAUUGAAAUCCGCUGGGAGGAAAAUGAAGAAGUUUGUCGAUGUUGAUUUUAGCUCGGUGACGGCUAAAAAGAUUCGCCAGAUUCGCAAGCCUGGCUCACCAGAUUUGGUUAGCCUCUUCAAUGAACCACGUAGGUUUCUUGGGUAA